AGGACUUCUCCUCCUUGUAACACUCUUCAGACUCUGUUGUUUCUUGUCAAACUGCAUCACUAUUCAACGUCUUUCCUAUCAUCAGAUAUCCCAAUCAUUAAAAAUCUAGCCAAAAUGGUCAAGGCUGUCGCUGUCCUCCGUGGAGACUCCAACAUCAAGGGUACCGUCACCUUUGAACAGGCGGACGAGAACUCCCCUACCACCAUCUCAUGGAACAUCACCGGCCACGACGCCAACGCUGAGCGUGGCAUGCACGUUCACCAGUUCGGUGACAACACCAACGGCUGCACAUCUGCCGGACCUCACUUCAACCCCUUCGGAAAGACCCAUGGUGCUCCCUCCGAUGAAGAACGCCAUGUCGGUGACUUGGGUAACUUCAAGACCGAUGCUCAGGGCAACGCUGUCGGCUCUGUCCAGGACAAGCUCGUCAAGUUGAUUGGUGCUGAGAGUGUUCUCGGUCGUACCAUCGUCGUCCACGCCGGUACUGAUGAUCUCGGCCGUGGUGGUAACGAGGAGUCCAAGAAGACUGGUAACGCUGGUCCUCGCCCUGCUUGCGGUGUUAUUGGUAUCUCUGCUUAAAUGUUUAGCCAUAUAGCCUGAAAAUGAAUGAUAGGUAGUCAUCAGUUGCAAUAUGACGAUGAACCAAAUGGAUAGAGACAAUGCAAUGACUCUUUAGCAUUG